GCGCACCAGAUGACAGCAACCAGAGAACGACUAGUCCACUUAGCUGACUUUGCCCUUGUCUGUUUUUAUGCUCCAUUGAUCAGCUAAUUAUAGCUAAUUAUACGCUGAAAUCCGUCUCUGGCAGCCUGCACUGCUCCUAAAAUGUCCAAACGUGCCCAUGCAGAGGAGUCGCCACCGCAGACGCAAGCUGACGCUGCGCCCAAUUUGCGUACCCUUGCCGAGCGGCUUGCUGCAGCAGAGACGGUCGUUUCUGAACAAACAGAUAACUCACGAGGCCGUGGGUUAAAGCGUGCUCGGGGCCGCGGUCGUGGUCGCGGUCGAACCGCUUCCUCGGCGCAUGACGUUCCUGGAUUGAGUCGUGCAACCAGCAAUGCAAGUGCUGCGAGUGCCGAAACAGAUCUACCCGAGAUGGAGAUACCUGAUACAUUCAAAACAUUGGGUAAGCUUCAUCAGGCACUCAAUACAGUCUAUACAUUCUGUUGUGCUCGAAAGCACCUCGCCACCACGUUUGACACUAUCAAGAGUAGUGUUGAGAAUUUGACUCGCAAGCCAUUGACACACGAAGAUGUGGCCCGGGUCAAGUGCUUACUGCCAAAUUCCAUCAGCUUUGAAUACAUUGACGAAGACUCGCUAGCUGUGCAUGUGCUCGAGUCUGGGGAAAAGUGGUCCACAAAAGCACACGACGACUUGUUCAAGGACAAGUCUGUGCAGCACGGUCUGAAUGUCGUUCUGCUGUUUGAAUAUACCGAUGGUGAGCUCAAGCGUAAAAUCAAUCGCGAAAAGGAAGGAGGCUUUGGGAGACGUCUGCGGCCGGAGCUCAAACUACCAACAUUCACCCCCGCAGCCAUGACCAAGCUGAUUGACAAGCGCAACGCCAAGUUCAAAAAAGCAGUCAACCAAUUUCUACAUAAAUGCGCCCAAGAUGAGAUUGAUCCGGUCAUGCAGCUCGAGUCCAUGUAUGAGGCUCAUCUACCCAUCAUGCCUGAGCCCCCCAAGCCUGCUGAAAUUGUGACACGACAAGUGCAGUUGGAUGACGGCGAAUCGCGUCCACUCAUCUCAGAUCUCUUGGAUGAUCUCAUGCUGGAUACCGAGUAUCAAGGUCAGGUGGUGCCUGAUGGGCACAGAACCCUUCCAGAAAAUCAGCCUCAAUACGGAACACUCAAUCGAAGCUUAUCCCAGCAACUGGUCAAUGCGUUGUAUUCCACGAAGAAUAUCCAGCAGUUCUACUCGCAUCAGGCGGAAGCUAUAAAUAAUCUUUGGGAUGGACGGCACGUCAUUGUUUCCACGUCGACCUCCUCUGGCAAGUCGCUCAUCUACCAGGCACCAGUCUUGCAUGCGUUGCAAAAGAAGCGCGAAACACGAGCCAUGUAUAUCUUUCCCACCAAAGCUCUUGCACAAGAUCAGAAACGGUCCUUGGUUGAACUGAUUACAUAUAUGGAUGAUCUGCAGGGGGUAGUGGUCGAGACAUUUGAUGGAGAUACACCCAUGACUGAGAGACAGCGGAUACGGGAGAACGCUUCCAUUAUCUUUACCAAUCCAGACAUGCUUCACUUGACCAUCCUGCCACAAGAAGAUGCCUGGCGCACAUUUCUUAAAAACCUGAAAUAUGUGGUCGUGGACGAGCUCCACGUUUAUAACGGUCUAUUCGGCAGUCAUGUCGCAUUCAUCAUGAGACGCCUGCGUCGCAUCUGUGCUACCGUUGGCAAUCGCAGACUGCAAUUCAUCUCCUGUAGUGCCACCAUGGCAAAUCCGGAAGAACACAUGAAGACCAUCUUUGGUGUCAAGGAUGUCGCAUUGACUGAUCAGGACGGCAGUCCCAAUGGUCGCAAGGAGUUUGUCUGUUGGAAUCCACCGUAUGUAGACGCGCUUGAUCCAAGCUCCGGUCGAGUCUCUGCUGUCCGCGAAGCGUCCAAGAUUCUCAUCUUUCUUAUGUUACGCAACGUUCGAACCAUCGCAUUCUGCAAAGUCCGUAAAGCUUGCGAAGUAUUUGUCAAGCAAGUACGCCAAGACUUGCAAGCGAUGGACAGACAAGAUCUCAUGGAUCGUGUCAUGAGUUAUCGAGGAGGAUACACAGCACAAGAUCGCAGAAAGAUUGAACACGAAAUGUUCAGGGGAAAUUUGCUUGGCAUCAUCGCCACAAAUGCUCUCGAAUUGGGCGUUGAUAUUGGUAGCUUGGAUGCUGUGCUCAUGAUUGGUUUUCCCUACUCGAUCUCUGCGUUGCGUCAGCAGUCUGGACGCGCAGGACGCCGUAAUAAGGACUCUUUGGCAAUGUACAUUGCAGAUCCGUUUCCAAUGGACCAGCACUACAUGUCGAAUCCAAGCGAAAUCUUCACCAUGCCCAAUACUGAGCUGCAAGUAGAUCUCACCAACACCCUUGUGCUGGAAGGUCAUCUUCAAUGCGCUGCAGCAGAGAUGCCACUCAAUUUGAAGGAAGAUGAAGCCUACUUUGGCAAGACCCUUGCUGAAGUGGCCAAAGAAAGGCUCGUCAAGGACGACAAUGGCUUUUAUCACUGUCACCCGCGUUUCUUGCCCAAGCCCUCUCGUAUGGUAGGAAUCAGAGACACAGAGGAUGGGCACUACGCCAUUAUCGACAUCACUGGCGGUCGCAAUGUUGUGCUGGAAGAGCUGGAACCUUCACGCGCCAACUUUACGGUCUAUGAGGGUGCCAUUUUUAUGCAUCAAGGUAACACCUACCUUGUUCGCGAGCUCAAUCCAGAGAAGCUCUACGCCAAGGUUAUCCUCGCAGCCAAUAUUGAAUGGACCACCCGGCAACGAGACUUCACAGAUACGGACCCGAUUGAAACGGAAAUCACUCGCGUGAUACCGCAGUCACCGUCAAAGGCGUUCUAUGGCGGCAUUCGCAUCACGAGAAUUGUAUAUGGCUUCUUCAAAAUUGACAAGCACAAUAAUAUCAUCGAUGCAGUUGACGUCGACAACCCACCCAUCAUUAUCCACACGAAAGGAAUGUGGAUUGAUAUUCCAAAGACGGCACUAGAGUUGCUAUCUCGCAAGUUCAUCAAUUGCGCCGCGAGCAUCCACGCUGCUGAGCACGCCUUGCUCUCCUUACUUCCAAAUUUUGUCAUGAGCAGCGAAGGUGAAGUGAGAACUGAAUGCAAAGUGGCUGAGAAGGAGCAUCUGCCCAAGGAAUCUAACCGCAAAAGGCCUGCUCGGCUGACUUUGUAUGAUGCCAAAGGGGGCGCGUCAGGCAGCGGGCUGUCCUUGAAAGCCUUCGAAUUUAUCCACGUACUGCUGAAGCAAGCAAUUGACCGAGUCACACGGUGCAAGUGCAGCAAAGGCUGUCCUUCAUGCACCACAUCAUCGCUCUGCUCAGGACAAGUUAUGGACAAGGUGGGAGCAGGCGUCAUUUUGAGGAUGCUUGCUGGGGAAGACGUUGAUGAAUCGACCAUUCCCGAGGGAGAAGAGCCGGAUGCCGAGCGCGCUGGGUGGACAGUGUCAGUGGCGGCGGAAGUACGCAGUGCUGAUCAGCGCUUGGUAGAGCCACAGCCGGUUGCGCCUGACACCGAAGAGGUCAAGAUAGAAGAGCUUUAGAAGGAGAAUAA